UGCAUCUGCCUGUCCACUGGGGACACCUUGUGGUCCCCAGGCCACCAGCCCUGAGGACAUGGAAUUCCAACAGAUGGAUGGCGGGUCGAGGGUGGCCACUCAACCGUUUGACCAGAGAAGGGGCAGCCACUGUGAGGACAAGAAGCAGACGCUGUUCACAUUGCUGGUCUUAGUGCUGUACUUGGGCACAGGGUUGUCAGGAAGAAGCUGGGAGGUGUAUGAAAGAAUCAGGGAAUGUAACUACUCCCAGAACCCUGUUGCUGCCCAGGGGUGUGAGUAUCACACCAGAGAACCCUCUGAAGAGCCAAUCAAGCUCCUCAGGACCUGGCUGAAGAAGAGCUUGCAUGUUUUCUUGGAGAAGUUAGAGAAAGAAGUGCAGGAGCUGGAGCAGCUAGUGCAGGACGUGGAGCUAUGGCUAGAUGUUUUUCUUGGAGAGCCUUACCUGGAAGAGGGCUGCUCCGGCCUCAGAAGUCCCGUGUGAGGACCUGGGACCUGGGAAGCAGAAAAGUGGGAAAU